UCUGGAAGUAGUUGAGACAUAACCAAACUUGUCAUUUUGACAUAACAAAUUCCUUUCCAUAAAAACAUUUAAAUAUAAUUCAAUAUAAAGUAUUUUUCAUAAAUAAUCAAUUAUUUAUAAUAUUAAUAGUGUUAAUUAAAUAAGUAUUAUAAAUAUUAUGAACGUCCUGAUAUUAACUCUAAAAAUAUUUAUUGUAAUUCAAUUAUCUGAAGCCACAUUGUCACCGCCUACAAAUACCGGGAAUAAAAAGGAUAAAAAGGAUAAGGGGAAGAUAGAUACUCAGAAAGGUCCUGUCAACAAAGACGUUUUUCAAAGACAUUUAGUAAUUAAAGAUCCUAAGGCAAUCGAUAUUAUUAGAGAGUCUGGAACAUAUUAUUCAGACACUAAACGUAGAAGAUUUUCUGGUGAAGUUUUAGGAUAUAUUACUCCUUGGAAUAGUAAUGGAUACGAAAUAUCAAAAACUUUUCAUGGAAAAUUCACAAUGGUAUCACCGGUCUGGUUUUCCAUAUUACCAAGUAAUACUUCAACAUUUCCAUUACCAACACACGAUGUUCAAAAAAAAUGGUUAAAGGAUAUGAGAUUGAUGAACAGCGAAAGUCAUAAUCUAAAAAUUUUACCAAGAUUAUUGUUUAAGCAUUGGUCGACAAGUGAUAUUGUUGAAUUAGAAAGUAAUACACUAAAACAACAACAACUUAUUACGAUAUUAACCGAUACAGCGAAGACAUUCCGUUUUGAUGGUUAUGUAUUAGAAAUAUGGGAUCAGUUUAUAUAUACGGGUAUCAAUGUACAGAUUGUAUUGUCUGUAGUUAAAGCUAUUUCUAAAAAAUUAAAAAACGGAAAUCUUGAUGUAAUGUUAGCAGUUCCACCAUCUAGAGGUUCAAAGGCACAAUUAUUUUCAAGAGAUCAUUUCAACGAAUUAGCACCCUACAUUAGAGCUUUCUCAUUAAUGACAUAUGAUUACUCGAGUAUUCAACGUCCUGGUCCUAAUAGCCCACUUUCUUGGGCAAGACAAUGCGUAGAAUUUUUAGUUCCAGAUCAAAAUGAUCCUAAACGAAAUCAAAUCUUACUGGGGAUCAAUUUUUAUGGAUACAAUUAUACUCCGGAAGGUGGUGGGCCUAUUUUAGGUUCGCAAUAUCUAAAAAGUCUUGAAACUUUUAAAAGCAAGAUUCAAUGGGAUGAUAGAAGUAAAGAACAUUUUUUCGAAGCAAAAUCUUCCUUGGGUAGUGGGUAUGUUUUUUAUCCUACUUUAUAUUCUAUGAUAUUUCGAUUCGAUCUUGCGGCAGAAUUAGGUACAGGUAUUGCUAUUUGGGAACUCGGUCAAGGGUUGAAUUAUUUUUAUGACUUAUUAUAAAAACUUUUGAAUGAAAUAUCAUAUUCUGCCAGUUGGAUUAUUCCAUCAAUCGAUAUACGUAUCUAAUUGUCUAAUUAAUAACCGAUAACAAUAUUAUAACAAAUAUCAUCUAUAAGAAAAUACUAUUAAUUUUAUAAUAUAUUAAAAUGCAUACGAUAUAGUGUUCUUACAACUGAUCAAGAUUUCAUUUCGAUCGUGAAAGACAUCGUCAAUUUACCUAAGAAGAAUUAUGGAGUAUAUUUUUGGAUAUAAUUACUGUAGGUGUAUUUUUUCAGUCUUUUCAGUAAUAUUAUUAUUAUCUUGAAGCAUCGCUGUAUUUUCUCGUCCCUUAAGCAUCAUCAUCAUUUGUGGUCCAUGUAUUAUACGAUACAUUAAAUCCCAGCACAUUUUUGCAGGUAAUAAACUGCGUGGAAAUAAAAAAAUUAAUUUCAUAAUAAUAGUAAUAAUAUUAAUAAUAAUAAUAAUAAUAAUAAUAAUAAUGUCAAUUUUAAAGAAACACUAUUAACGUAACAACUUACCAUUUAAGUGGCAAAAGAAGUCUGACACUAUUAGGUAACGUAACAUUUACUUUAUUCAAUAAAAUUCCUGUUAUAACUUCUUCCGCAACAUACUCUGGUUCGAGCAUUU